CUUUUCACACUCAAGGCUAAUUUAUGCAGUUUCAUUGUAAACACACCUUCAGAUUUUUCACACGAUCAGAUAUUACUCACAAUAAUCACAGGUGAAAUGUCUGAUUCUUCUUUAAGCGUGCAAAUGACGACUCUAGUGGACGGGACAGGGGGUGCUCAUACUUUGUGAAGCGAAGCACAUAGACUACGGUCAGUAAUUAAACAACUAAUUCAACUGAUUGGUCCGCAAACAAUUACUAUGACGUAGACUGAAGCAAUUGGACAGCCCAACACAGCCGUGAAACAUGAAAAGAAGAAACCGUAAAAGAAAAGACGAAACCGUGAAGAUUACAUAUGGACAAACGGCUCUUGCCUUUCCUCGCGCUGUUGCAUAGCAUUGGUAUCGGUAAAAGACAUGAUGUUAAAUUAGACGCACUGACAGCAGACGUGGUUUCCGACUUUGUAACGUCGGUGGAGUUUGGCAGCGCGUGGUCCGUGUGUAGGCCCGUACCGAGUGACAUGACUCUGUGCCGUGGAUUAGGAUACGCGCAUAUGCGGCUUCCCACGCUGCUGGGCCACGAGAGCACGCGUGAAGCGGUGCAACAAUCGGGCGCGUGGCUACCUCUGGUCCAUAAACGUUGUCACCAAGACACCACCCGAUUCCUGUGCUCGCUCUGCCCCGCGUGCCUGUCAGAGCUCAACAAGUCCGUGCGCCCGUGCAGGAGCCUAUGCGAGAACGUGCGUAACGCGUGCGCGCCUGUUAUGAACACUUUUGGUUUCCCGUGGCCGGACGCGUUUAACUGUAGCCUCUUCCCCAGAUUUAAUUCCACGCUCUGCGUUCCCGGAAGUGAGGACACCAGACGCAGCCGCCUGGAGGUUACUGGCGUCAUUCCAGGUAAGGGGCUGUGUGAUGCCUGCAGCCCAAAAUCCGAGGUAGAGAAGGAGAUUGAGGAAAACUUCUGCAGAAGUCAGUUUGCAUUCAGGCUUCAGAUUGGCUCCUCCGCCUUGCAGGGGGUGGACCUGCGGGUGGAACCUCAGGGGCGGAGUCAGGUCCUGCGUUGGGAAGGUGAAGAAGAGGAGCAACAGGUGACAAUGCGGCAGAGCGGCCUCUGGCUGACUGAUGCCACUAACUGUUCAUGCCAGGCACUGGAGGGGCAGAGCUUAGGUCCACUACUGGCAUUGGGGAACAUGGAGGGCAGACGCAUUGUUCUCUCCCGACUGGUGAAAUGGCCUCACCACGAGAAAGAGCUAAAAAGAUUUCUGAGGAAAUUGAGCAGGAAGCCAUGUUGAAAUUCCUACUAAUAACUGUGAAAAAUUGCUAGAGCACCACUCUAACUUUUAAUCCUUAACCAAAAUGUUCAACACUAAGGCCUUGGACUUUCUGGUGUCAUGUGGAAAGAAAAUGUAUUAUAUUAAAUUUAAGGAAUUAAAUAAGUUUAUUAGAAGGCAGAAGAAAACCCAAUGAACUGCCAGAAUAAGGGGCUAAUAUUUACUAGCAAACAUGGUUAAUGGUUAGAAUUAUAGAUUAGUUGUCAGUCUAAUCUUAACUAACUUCCUGGUGCAUGGGUUUACUUACAAAACAUAAUACUGUGCCAAGCAUCAGUUUGGAAAUUUAGCUAGUGACACAACUCCAGUAGCUACUGCUAGAGACCUAAUAUUAGGUGAGCUAACUACACAGCAGUGUUGAUAUAGCACAUGUACAC